GAGAAGGAGACGGCAUUGCACUGUGCGGCACAAUAUGGCCAUUCGGAGGUCGUAUGUGUGCUACUGCAGGAGCUGACCGACCCCAGCAUGAGGAACCGCCGAGGCGAGACACCUUUGGACCUAGCUGCACUCUACGGCCGGCUACAGGUGGUGCGCAUGCUGCUGAGCGCUCACCCCAACCUCAUGAGCCUCAACACAUGCCAGCACACGCCAUUGCACCUCGCUGCCCGCAACGGACACCACACUACCGUUCAGGCACUUUUGGAAGCUGGCAUGGAUGUCAACACAGAGACUGAAAAGGGCAGUGCGCUCCACGAAGCUGCUCUCUAUGGGAAGAUGGAUGUAGUUCGACUCCUGCUUGACUCAGAUGAAGCAGUGACGGGGGACUUAUCCAAGCUACUAAAUGACAUAAAGAUGUGUCGGGACAGGGACUACUCAUUUGAGGAGCUGUGCCAGACUAUCUCAUCACACUCGCAAUCUGUGGAGAGUUUCAGCAGCGGGAAGCUUUCAGAUGAGGAGAGAAACAGCACAUUAACUCACGUCAGUAAGCGACCCUCUCCUCCGUUGCCCCCAGCGAUGGAGGAGGAGGAGAAGGCCUGUGGUCCGUCAGGCUUAUGGGAGGCACUCACACCCUGCAACGGCUGCCGAAACCUGGGUUUCUCACAGGACUCUAAACCUUGUGUGGAGAUCAUCCAGUCUUCAUCUUUGGAAGUUUUUCUACCAGAGGAUGAGGAUAAUCCAUACGAAUCAGUAGCCACCGCUGUUACGCGAAAACCCUGCUCUUUGGAUAUCCACCUCCUUAAUUCCUGUUCCCGCAAUGGCCACUCAUCCAACGUUUCGACCAGUGAUGUGGAGCAGCGUCACCAUGGUGAUAACUACAGCGGCCCAACUCCAGACUGUUCCCCUCCCUCCCCUGAUACAGCUCUGAAGAACAUUGAGAGAGUCAUCCGCCCCCAGCCCAAGCAGCGCACAUCUUUGUCUUCAUCGCAGGACGUGCAGCGACCCGUGCAGAGCCACAGUGGCGAACCAUCGGAGGUAAGCUCAUCUCUGGGCUACGCCAGCUUCAGCACCAGCCCACCUGCCAGUCCUCCCAUCAGUCCAGCCAACAACUCCACCGACUCGGUAGAGGACUGCACACUAGCUGAUGAGGUGGUGGAGCAGAAGGAGUCGACUCUGAGGGAUGAGCGCAGGGAGAGCCGGGUUCCUGAGCAGUUUGCCGGCCUGCUGCAUGGCUCCUCUCCAGCCUGUGAGUCCCCGGAUAAUCCGUAUCAGCUAUACGGCAAAGUGCACAAAGAUCCUCCACAGAAGCAUGGUAACCUGCUGGUUGCACCCAAUCAUGCCAUCAUUUUUCCUCCCCUGAAAGUCCACAAAGACCCCAAGCCUCAGGUAGUGUACCGCACCGUCUUCCACACAAGGGUAAACCAGAAUCCCCCUUCCCAAGGAAAAAGCGAGGUGAACGGUGAGGUGAGAAACGGAGAGGUAAAAAACACUAGCACAGGGGGCUACGAAGAAAGAGCGUGCACCCUUGGAAGGAUGCGUUCCGGAGUGUCAAAGAACGUGCCAGACCUCCAGCUUUCGAAAAGUCUAUCCAAAUCAGAUUCCAAUCUGGUGGCAGCUUCACCUAUCGAGGAGGAGCAGCGGAAUUCAAAUGGACUAAACAGCCCCACCAGACUGGAGCGCACACCAUCCUUCACAGCAGAGUGGGAGGAGAUUGAUAAGAUCAUGAGUUCCAUCGGUGCAGGAAUUGUGACAGAAAUUGAGGAGAAUGAUGAAGUCCAAACAGGACCGCGCUGCCCUGUGCAAUCUGUGGGUCAAUGGCUUGACAACAUCGGACUGGUCCAGUAUGAGAACCACCUAUUGGCCAAUGGCUUUGACAACGUGCAGUUUAUGGGCAGUAAUGUGGUGGAGGACCAGGACCUGCUGGAGAUUGGAAUUCUUAACUCUGCCCACAGACAGCGUCUCUUGCAAGCCAUUCGUCUUCUACCUAGGGUGCGACCCAUAGGCUACGAUGGCAACAACCCCACAUCAGUGGCUGAAUGGCUGGAGUCUCUGGAACUUGGAGACUACACAAAGUCAUUUCUUAUCAAUGGUUAUACCUCUAUGGAACUUGUCAAGAAGAUCUGGGAGAUAGAGCUCAUCAAUGUCCUAAAGAUUGGAUUGAUUGGACACAGAAAAAGAAUUCUUGCAUCACUCGGAGACAGACUACAUGAAGACACUCCACAGAAACCUCCACGAGCUAUUUCUCUAAGGGAGCCCAGUGGGAAUCACACUCCUCCUCAGCUCUCUCCGUCACUUAGCCAGGCUUACCCUAACGCCGGCUCACUUGACGUGCAGCACCUCAUCAUGCAGGCUGACGCCAGGCGUCGACGCAAUGACAACUACUUUGAGGAUGUUCCACGCUCCAAGCUGGAGAGACAGAUGGCCCAAGUCAGUAUGCAAGGGGAAUGGUGUGAACCAAUCACAUUGCGGCCUCCAAACGAAGCAACAUCAUCCACUCCUGUGCAGUACUGGCAGCACCAUCCAGAAAAGCUCAUAUUCCAGUCAUGUGAUUAUGAGGCAUAUUAUCUGGGCUCCAUGCUGGUAAAAGAGCUGAGAGGAACAGAAUCAACACAAGAUGCCUGUGCAAAAAUGAGGAAGUCUACAGAACAAAUGAAGAAAGUCCCUACAAUCGUCUUGUCAGUCUCUUAUAAAGGAGUCAAGUUCAUCGAUGCCACAAAUAAGAACAUAAUAGCUGAGCAUGAGAUCAGAAACAUCUCCUGUGCAGCACAAGAUCCCGAUGAUCUCUCCACAUUUGCCUACAUCACCAAAGACCUAAAGUCCAGUCACCACUACUGCCAUGUGUUUACAGCCUUUGAUGUGAAUCUUGCCUAUGAGAUCAUCCUGACACUGGGUCAGGCGUUUGAGGUGGCCUAUCAGCUAGCUUUACAAGCCAGGAAAGGUGGGCAUGCUUCAUCCACACUACCCGAGAGCUUCGACAGCAAACCGUCCAAACCCAUCCCUAAACCUCGCUCCAACAUCCGCAAAUCUAUGGAACAGCCUUCCAUGGAUCAGAAGGGUCAUGGCAACGUCCCUUGGAUCGUGGAGCCAGGACAGGAAGCCAAGAGAGGAGUCAACACCAAGUAUGAGACCACUAUUUUCUAAUAUGCACCCACUGUCCACUCCUGUCUGUGUGUGUGCCUUUCAGAGCACGCCCUCUAGAGGCCCCCCACGGAGCCAUGGGCCCAGUGACCUUUGACCCGCCCGUGUCUCUUCGCUCCGUUGCGGUCCAGCUCGCCCCAUUUUACCGUGGCCUCUGCAUGAUGUCGCUGCCGUUCUCUCUCACCCUCUUUUUCUCUAUCACUCUCGACCCCCUCGCCGGCAACAGCGCAAUACAAAUGAGUGUUACACUGAGCCCUCGACCUGACACGCAACACCACUCUCACUCCCUUUCAAAAAUGUGAUGCUUUUUCUCCCAUGUUUUCUUACGUCCACCAUUAAGUGCACUCACACUCAGAUCCUGACAGCUUGAAUGAAACAUUUAAAUCCAUAAUGCUGCUGUUUUAUAGUUAGCAGGGGAUCUACUUUAGUUUAUCAGGCAGUGUGUCAGGCAGUUACCCACCAAGGUCCAAGGGGAGGUGGACAAAGGGGAAUUUUAAGCAGGCACACUGUGGGGCAGUGUAAGCAUGGUUGUUAUUGGAAAGCCUGGAAGUAAAAUGCAUGUGUGAAGUCAGCCUGUUCAUUCAUAUUCCGAAAUGGCAUUUUGCAAACUAGGCUUUGCCUAGUUUGGCUUUUAAUGCAAGCAGCCCUGAAACAGGCAUUAGAGCCUGCUGAGAGCAUGUGAUCUGUUGGACCGGCGAUCGGGGGCAUCUGAGAGGCUCUUUUUCUUUUUUCUUUUUUUUUUUGAUGGACGCUCUGGAUAAGUGAUUUAAUCUCAUUCACAGGGCAAUGCCGGACUCCCAUGUCUAUUACUGUGGAAAUCAAAGAAUGUAGCCAGCCCCCAACAUGGACCCUCUCACACACACAUUGCAAAAAAGGACUACAAUAUACGGAGCCUGACAGUGGCACUGGACUACAAACAAGGCAGAGCCUUUCGUGAAAGAACUUUUGACAUAAAACAAAGGACUACUGGUGUGGACCUGUGGAUUUUAUAAAUGAUUACUUAAACAUGUGCAUACACUACAUUGGACUUCAGGAUGAUCGGUUAAAUGUGCUUUACUGGGAGCCACUUCAAUGCACUGCACUCAGGCUCUGUAUGUGGACUAUGUUGUGUGAGGGAGAAAGUUGGGGGAAAGGCAAUGUACCAUGGGACAGAACACAUACUGUACCAUGGUUACUUAUUUUAACAGACUAGUUUUAAAGCUCAAAUUGACAUGGCAUGUCAGGACUGAGGCAAACAUGGACUUGCUGGUUUGCCAUAUUUUUACUUUUCAGUUGUUCUUUUUCAUUUCUGUUUGAUUGAUUAAACACUAUGAAUAUUAUGCACAAUGUGAAUGGGUUUAUUGCAAUGGACAACCAAGAGAGUGAUGUGUCUUGUGCCAAAAUCACUAUAGACUUGUUGUUUAAAUGCCAUGCUGAUUACUUUUCAUACUGGCAAAACAUUUUAAUGUUUAAUAUAGGUCUACAUUGCCAUUAUUCUAACUCUUAAUUGACUAUAUUAUUAUUAAUACUUCUUAUACUUAAUGUGCAAUUCUUGUCUAAUGUUGUCUGAAUGUUAUAUUAUUUUUAUAUGAUAUGUUGGGCUUAAGAAUAAUAGCCACCCUGAGAAGAAAUGUAUAUUAUUAUUAUUAUUAUUAUUAUUAUUAUUAUUAUUAUUAUUAUUAUUAUUAUUAUUAUUAUUAUUAUUAUUAUUAUUAUUAUUAUUAUUAUUAUUAUUAUUAUUAUUAUUAUUAUAGUACAAGUAGUAAAAAAAUUGAAUGGCUCCAAUCCACUUUGCUUUUAAGUGUUAAGGCCAUCGUUUUUAAUGGGCUGAUCCACAGAAGAUACGCAGAAAUACUAUUUUCACAGUGUCACUGUAGAACAUUUUUUUGCCCCAGUUUUUUAUGUAAAUAAAUAUUUUGUUGAUUCUUUGUUCAUACAUGUAAUGUAGUUUAACAUAAAAAGAAAGAAAAUAAAUAACUGAAAAAAGAAAACAUAUUCCACUGGUUUAACAUUACCGAAUUCCAGAGGUCAAGUGUGAGAUUUCAUAUUAAUACACAGCAUUGUGAGCAUUGAGAAUUGUUAACCUACAUGUACAUAGGCUUGGGCUUCCAGCACUCUGAUUUUCUAAGUUUGAGCCUUAUUUAUAUUCUGGCAAAGCACAUGAAAUAAAUCGACCUAAACCAUU